AUGUCGUUCACUUCAAUUCCCGUCUUGGAUCUGGCGCUGGCUCAGGAUCCGGCCACGAAGCCCCGCUUCCUCUCCGAGCUGCGACACGCGUUGAUGGAGGUCGGGUUCCUUUACCUGAAGAAUGUGGGCAUCUCAGACGAGUUCUUCAAGCUGGUGAUCGAGGAGGGCAAGAAAUUCUUCGACAUCCCGGAAGAGGAAAAACUCAAAAUCGAAAUGAAGAAUGCGCCCUCCUUCCUGGGCUACUCCCGUCUCUCAGCAGAGGUCACAGCCGGCGCAAUUGAUCACCGAGAGCAGAUCGACCUCUCAACGGAGCAUCCUCUCCCGGGUCCGGACGCUCCACGGUUCUACAACCUGCUGGCGCCAAACCAGUGGCCAUCGCCGGCGGUGCUGCCCAACUUCAGACACGUCUUCACCGAGUACAUGAAGCGCAUGGGCGAGAUCUCAAUCUACUUUACCAGCCUGAUCGCCGAAGCCAUCGAGCUGCCGAGCGACGCUUUCAACAAGUACUUUGACGCGGACCAGCAGCACAAGCUCAAGAUAGUCAAGUAUCCCGACGUCGGCGAACUAGGUGCCGCCGGCAAGGGCGGGAAUCAGGGUGUUGGGCCGCACAAGGAUAGCAUGCUAUCCUCGUACCUCCUGCAAGCCUCGCACCACCGCGGGCUCCAGGUCCAAAACGUGCGCGGCGACUGGAUCGACUGCCCGCCGAUCGAGGGAACGCUGAUAGUAGCAAUCGGCCAGGGUCUCGAGGCGCUCACGCAGGGCGUGUGCGUCAGCACGACGCACCGCGUACUCUCGCCGCCGGCGGGACAGGGCGCCCGUUUUUCAAUCCCUUUCUUCCAGGGUGUCAGUGGCGGUGCAGACUUUGACGAUCUCGAGAACGUCGGCGUCGGCAAGGUGCCCGAGCACGUGAGGGAACAGAGGCGGCGGGUGCUGGAGAGGAACGGGGGCCGGUUGGACGACGUCGAGUUUACGUUCCGCAAGGGGGGCGUGGCCAGGACGCUGGGUGAGGCGACACUCAGGAAUCGCGUCAAGAGCCAUCCUGAUGUGGGCGAGAGGUGGUAUCCGGAUAUUCUGGCCAGCGUUAGGGAGGAGCAGGCCAAGCUGAGGGAGAGGCAGGGAGGGGCUGCCGGACAUAGGGGCGUAGAAGACCCUACUGUGAGUGCUCAGUUGGUGGAUGCGCACUAG